CCCCUGUCGUCCUGCUGUUGGUUUUUGCCCUGUCGCAGGACUCUAUCCAGGCUGCAGGGUACCAGAACCUCACGGCAGCUGCAGGCACUUCUCCCCCACAGCUCUGACGUCUGCACGCAGCUGCCCCUCUUCCCCUGUGCACACGCACGACCCAGAUAAAGGACACCUUCAAGUACAUCAACACCGUUGUCUCCAGCCUCGUUUUCCUGCUGGGAACAGUUGGGAAUGUGACUUUACUAAGGACGAUCAAAGGGAACAAAUGUAUGAGAAGUGGACUCGGAAUUCUCAUUGCCAGUCUGGCCUUGGGAGACAUUAUUCAUAUUAUUAUUGAUAUUCCCAUCAAUGUGUAUAAGAAGACCUCGUUGGGCAUCACUGUCCUAGGGCUGUGUGCCUUACGCAUCGACAGGUAUUGAGUUGUUGCAUCCAGGAGUUUUAUCAAAAAACAAGGCAUUCCAAAGUGGACAGCGUUGAAACUGUUUAUAAUAUGGAUGACGUCAGCUGUGUUGGCUGUUCCUGAGGCAAUAGCGUUUGAUCAAAUCACAACGGAGUAUAAAGGAGAUCUGAUUCACCCCGUGCAACACUCACACUUCAUGAAGUUCUACAAAGCAGCUAAAGACUGGUGGCUCUUUGGGUUUUGCUUCCUGACUCCCCUGCUGUGCACAGCAUUCUUCUACGCAUGUAUGAGUCAGGAGAUUCUCAGGCCAUGUGCGCAGCAGUCUGAGCUGAACUACACCCUUAAACAGAGACAGGAAACUGCCAGAGCUGUUUUCUGCCUGGUGUUUGUGUUCGCCAUCUGCUGGCUUCCACUUCACCUAAGCAGAGUUUUGAAACUGACCAUCUAUGAUUAAAAAGACCCCAAGAGAUGGGAUAUGCUGAGUGCCUUGCUAAUUCUUGACUAUGUGAGCAUUAACAUGGCGUCUGUGAACUCCUGCAUCAAUCCCAUAACCCUGUACACGAUCAGCAGAAGGUUCCGACGACACUUCCAGGUCAAGACAGAGACACUUCCAGUUAUUACUGUGCUGCUGUGUCUCCUCCCCACUGAACAUCCGAGAUGAGGGACAAACCUUCAUGAGGUCAAAGGUCACAGAUCCUGCCUCAGACAACAGCUCCAAGGAUGACCCUUCACCUAAAUACUGUGUUCCUAACAACAUGACAUGCCUGACAGUCUGCUCGUGUCUCUAAUCUGAAGACGUGCCUGACAGUCUGGUCAUAUCCCUAACCUGAAGACGUGCCUGACAGUGUGCACAUUUAACCCAGACCACAGGACUUCAGGGAACAUGGGACACAGGACAUAGGCAGGACUUCGGUGAACACAGGACACAGGACAGCAGUCCUAGAAUUAGCUCUCUGUUUUUGCUGAUCUUAGAAUUUCAGACAGUAAGAUCCUCUUUCUGGGUGAGUGCAUGUUUGAAUCUGUUUUGAUGUGUGUUCAUGUACUGUUUGUGUA